GUAACAGUUGUGCAAAUCACACACAGAUAUACAUUCAUACACAAAAUACAUAUAUAUAAUAAAAUCAAAACAAGACUAUGAUUUAAUUCUCUCAAUCAUCAAAUCAAAAUCUUUUAUAUAUUUUUUCUUAUUAUAAACACACACAAAAAAAGAGUGUGCAAGUACAGAUGCUGCUUUGCAAAUGGGGAAAUCACAACCCCAAUUGCCAAUUCAAAAUAUCAACAAUCAAAAUCAAAAUCAAAAUCAUCAUUCUAAUAAUGGGUUUUCUUGUUUUGCAAAAACCAUUAGUAGAUUAUUUAGUUUUAAGUGUGUUUUUAUUUUGCUUCUUACACUUGCUGUUUCACUCUCUGCCAUCUUCUCUCUCUUCCAUUUUCAUCAUCAGCAAAUUGGAUUUGAUGCCAAAGAUUCAAUCAAGAAUUCUGCUAAAGUACAGGCAUACUUCAGAUUGGAAAAGCCUGUUUCGUUUCUUAUUCCUCAAAUUACAAGACUAGAGUAUGAUAUUAAUGAUGAAAUAGGUGUCCCUGGUGCACAGAUUUUUAUCCUGUCAAUGCACAAAUCCGGUGCAUCUAACCAGACGGAUGUGGUAUUUGGUGUUCUUUCUAAACCUAUGAAUUAUCCAAUAAAUCCUGUAUCUUUAAGUGUACUGAGAUCAUCAUUAGUCGAGCUUUUCACCAAACAUUCCAACCUGACACUCACAAAAUCAAUUUUUGGCAUGCCAUCUUCUUUUGAUAUUCUCAAGUUUUCCGGUGGGAUCACAAUUAUCCCUACUCCAUCUCCUCCUGUUAUAAUGCUACCACAAGUCCUUUUUAAUUUUACUCUCCCUAACUCUUUACGUGAAAUAGAAGAUAAUUUUCUCGAGUUGAAGGAACAACUCAAAUCAGGGUUGCAGUUAAUGCCUUAUGAGAGUGUAUUUGUGCAAGUGACGAACAAAGAGGGAUCAACACGGGAUCCACCUGUUACAGUCCAGGCAUCGAUUAUCUCAACCCUAGGGGGUCUUGACUCUCAGAGACUAAAGGAAUUAGCCCACAAUAUUAAUGGAUCUCAAGCCAAAAAUCUUGGACUGGAUAACUCUGUAUUUGGUAAAGUGAAGGGGGUCAAAUUAUCAUCUUAUAUGUACCAUACUCUUGAUGCACCUACACCUUCUCCUGCCCCAUCACCUGAUGCUCACAUGGGUCCCACCAUCUCCCCAUCUCCAGCAUCGUUUGACCAGUCUUCACCACCUGUUUCAAAUUCCCCUUCACCUGAAAUGGACCCGUCUUGUGGAGUGUCCAUUAUGUCACCUGGUCCAUCACCAAUGUCUGAUCCAAGUUCUCAUGCCCUUCCACCUCAUGCUUCACCAUUUGGUUCAGGAACGCCCCCAGAUCUUUCUCCUUUACCUGCUGUGUCAUAUGGAUCCCGUCCUCACCAAGAAAAUGGGUAUCAUAAAGGUUUGGCGCCUUCACCUCUCUUGGUUUUACCAUCAUCUUCUUCUUCAGAAAAAUGUGUCUUCUACCGUACAAUCUGGUUAUUCUUCUUCAUCCUCAUGACACUCCAUAUCCUAUAACCGCAUGCAGAUAUGGCCGCUUACAGUUUUGCUUUUAGUAUGAUAGUAACCAAUCAAUAUAUAUACCAUCAUCUAUACAUAAAUUUAUACACCACUCGAAUCCAAAAUAGUUGCAGGUCAAAGCCAAAAUGUGGCAGGCCUUGUCGUGAAUGACUGACAACAGACAAUGAAUUCUCCCGAAGGGGGAGAUUGACAAAGUUAGUGCGUGUCUAUGCAGUAUUAUCAAGGAGAUCCAACUACUCAAGAAGUGUAAUGUUUACCUGUGGUUCUUUUUGAGCACCUGCAUAUUGUGACUUGAAACAAAGUUUGAAGUUCGAUGUUCAUAAACUUAGUUGAAACAAAGAACAUUUAUACCAUCAUGAUAUGUUAACUUAUUAAUCUUGCUUGCA